GGCUUGUUUCUGGGUUUAGUGGAUCAUGGAGCUGACUCACUGUUGCUGUGAAAACAAAACAAGGUUGAGCACCCUUGUAGAAAGCCCCGAAGCCGGAGGAGACUGGUCAUGCAAACCCUGACUGUCAGCUGACCGCCUGCCCCGUGGAGCUCCUGACCACGGCCGGCACCUUUCCCAGACGGCGCGAGCCUUCCAGGCCCAUCCGCACGCGCAGCUGUCUCAGCCCGAACCGGGGCCACCCUUCCCCAUGCUGGAGGGCGCCGAGCUGUACUUCAACGUGGACCACGGCUACCUGGAGGGCCUGGUGCGAGGAUGCAAAGCCGGCCUCCUGACCGAGCGGGACUAUGUCAACCUGGUCCAGUGCGAGACCCUGGAAGAUCUAAAAAUUCAUCUCCAGACCACUGAUUACGGCAACUUCUUGGCUAAUCAAACGAAUCCACUUACUGUUUCCAAAAUUGACACCGAGAUGAGAAAAAAGUUAUGCAGCGAAUUUGAGUAUUUCCGGAAUCAUUCCUUGGAGCCCCUGAGCACGUUUUUCACCUACAUGACGUGCAGUUACAUGAUAGACAACGUGAUUCUCCUGAUGAAUGGGGCACUGCAGAAAAAAUCCGUGAAAGAAAUUCUGGUGAAGUGCCAUCCGCUGGGCCGUUUCACAGAGAUGGAAGCCGUCAACAUUGCAGAGACCCCCUCCGAUCUCUUCAAUGCCGUUCUGAUCGAAACGCCAUUAGCUCCUUUCUUUCAAGACUGUAUGUCUGAAAAUAUUCUCGAUGAACUGAAUAUUGAGUUACUGCGCAAUAAACUAUACAAGUCUUACCUCGAGGCAUUCUAUAAGUUCUGUAAGAAUCAUGGUGAUGUCACUGCAGAAAUUAUGUGUCCCAUUCUUGAGUUUGAGGCUGACAGACGCGCUUUUAUCAUCACUCUGAACUCAUUCGGCACCGAACUGAGCAAAGAGGACCGUGAGACCCUCUUCCCGACCUGCGGCAAGCUCCACCCGGAGGGGCUGCGCCUGCUGGCCCAGGCCGAAGACUUCGAACAGAUGAAGAGAGUGGCCGAGCACUACGGGGUUUACAAGCCUUUGUUCGAGGCUGUGGGUGACGGCAGUGGGGGAAAGACCUUGGAGGAUGUGUUUUAUGAGCAUGAGGUACAAAUGAAUGUGCUGGCCUUCAACAGGCAAUUCCACUACGGUGUGUUUUACGCGUACACAAAGCUGAAGGAGCAAGAAAUGAGAAACAUCGUGUGGAUUGCAGAGUGCAUUUCACAAAGGCAUCGAACUAAAAUUAACAAUUACAUUCCAAUUUUAUAAGCCAGCGAGGGGCCUCCAGUGCAGAACAUCGUAAACGUUAAGAAGUUAUUGAGGAAAAUGGAAGGAAUUAUGUUUUAUUAUCUAGGUUAUACCAAAAUAAGCCACACUGCACCUUCAUGAAUUAUAGACCCACUGGAAACAGUGAACCAACCCUGAAACAAAGUGUUUGCUUUUCUUCCAGCAGCCUUAGAUCUUAUUUCCACAUUUACGUCUCAUUCCUCACCUGGCCUUAGAUAUUAAUUUUAAUUAGCCCUAUGGUACUUUUUCUAUUCUCUUUGGUUGUAUUAAAAAUCAGAUCCAAUAAAUAUGUUUUGCUCUUACUUCUC